AUUCCGGGCCUCUUUUAAGGCUCUUCUUUAAGUGGGAGCCUGGCCCUUUAAAUAGUCCGUGUCGGAGGCCAUUUUAAGGCUUCCGGUCAUGCGCACAGCGUAGUUCAGAGGAAUGCCUUCACCUGGACGUGAGGAACAGUUGGCACAAAGGAACUGAAGAAGACCAGUGAAGCUGGAGUGUAGUGGAUAAUGGGAAAAGGGUACAAGAUAAAUUUGGAGAAUAGACAGAGUCCAGGAUCUUAGAAGUCUUCGGAAGCCAGGGCAUUGUUAUUUGAGAAUGGAAGAGGAUACAGAUUUUAGAAUCAGGUUUAGUUCUCUGUGUUUCAUUACAGAUCACGUUGGAUUUCAUGGCACCAUAAAAAGCUCACCAAGUGACUUUGUUGUUAUUGAGAUUGAUGAACAGGGACAGUUAGUUAAUAAAGCCAGUGAUGAACCUAUUCACAAGGUUAAUAAAAUACUACCUGGGCCAAAUAAUUUGGCCAAAAAAACAAACCUAGAUCCUCAAAAUUUAUCCUUUGAAGAGAGAAGCAAUCAAGAAGUCAAUACUUUGGCUGGGUGCUCUGGUGAUGACCAGAAUUAUGAGCCUGGUUCAGAAAAGGAAGAUACUAUCGAAGAUGGAACUUCCAAAGGUGAAGAAGAAAACAUUGAUGUGUUAGGAUCCUUGUUAGAUGAAAAAACUAAUGAAUUACUGAAUCGGUUUGCCUGUGAUGUAAAAGAGAAGUGGAAUUCUAAAACUGAACUAAUUGGACCAUCUUCUGAAUUCUCAUUAGGCAGAAUCCUUGACAAAAACCAGAGGGCUAUUUUGCAUAGUGCUAUUAGGCAGAAAUUUCCUUUUUUAAUAACUGUAGGAAAAAACAGUGAAAUUGUUGUAAAACCAAAUCUUGAGUAUAAAGAACUCUGUCACUUGGUAUCUGAAGAAGAAGCAUUUGACUUUUUUAAAUAUUUGGAUGCAAAGAAAGAAAAUUCCAAAUUUACCUUUAAACCUGAUAUAAACAAAGAUCACCGAAAGGCUGUCCACCAUUUUAUCAACAAAAAGUUUGGAAAUCUUGUGGAAACCAAAUCUUUUCCUGAACCGAAUUAUAGUGCUGAUAAUCCAAAGGUAAUGAUAACAGUAAGAUUUCGGGAAAAGGCACACAAGCCCAGGAAAAGAUCUCUUCAUGGAUGCCAGGAAAGAAGAGUUAUAUACACAGCCUUUACCCUACGAAAAGAAAAUCUGGAAAUGUUUGAAGCAGUUGGUUUUUUAGCUAUCAAACUUGGAGUGAUUCCUUCGGAUUUUAGUUAUGCAGGACUUAAAGACAAGAAAGCCAUCACUUAUCAAGCAAUGGUUGUUAGAAAAGUGACACCAGAGAGGUUGAAAAAUAUUGAAAAAGAAAUUGAAAAGAAAAGAAUGAAUGUGUUUAAUAUUCGGUCUGUAGAUGAUUCCCUUAGACUCGGUCAGCUCAAAGGAAAUCACUUUGAUAUUGUCAUCAGAAAUUUAAAAAAUCAAAUAAAUGAUUCUGCAAACCUGAGAGAGAGAAUUUUGGAGGCAGUAGAAAAUGUUAAGAAUAAAGGGUUUGUGAAUUACUAUGGACCACAGAGAUUUGGGAUGGGAAGGAAAGUUCACACAGACCAAAUUGGAUUGGCUUUGCUGAAGAGUGAAAUGGUGAAGGCUGUACAGUUAUUUCUUACACCAGAAGAAUUGGAUGAUCCUGUAAAUAGAGCAAAGAAAUAUUUUCUUCAAACUGAGGAUGCUAAAGGCACACUUUCACUGAUGCCUGAAUUCAAAGUUCGGGAGAGAGCAUUGUUGGAGUCCUUGCAUCGCUUUGGCGUGACAGAGGAGGGCUGUAUCCAGGCGUGGUUCUCUUUCCCCCAUUCCAUGCGCAUAUUCUAUGUUCAUGCAUAUAGCAGCAAAAUCUGGAAUGAGGCAGUAUCUUACAGACUUGCAACCUAUGGAUCAAGAGUGGUGGAGGGUGAUUUGGUCUGUUUGGAUGAAGAUAUUGAUGAUGAGCAUUUACCAAGUAGUAAAGUUCAUCUAGUAACUGAAGAAGAGGAAUCAGCUAAUACAUAUGCAAUACAUCAGGUGGUUCUUCCAGUGCUUGGAUACAAUAUUCAGUACCCAAAGAACAAACUAGGGAAGUGGUACCAGGAAGUACUCAGCAGAGAUGGACUACAGACAUGUAGAUUUAAAAUACCUACUCUGAAACUGAAUGUUCCAGGAUGCUAUAGAAAGAUUUUGAAACAUCCCUGUAAUCUCUCAUACCAACUAAUAGAAGAACAUGAUAUUGAUGUCACGAAGGAAGGUUCCCACAUCGAUGAAGCAACUUUAUCUCUUUUGAUCUCUUUUGAUCUUGACGCUUCGUGUUAUGCUACCGUUUGUCUGAGGGAAAUAAUGAAGCAUGACUUUUAAAACUGAUCCCCUUAAUAUAAUCAUGUAUGUGCCACUUUUUAAAGGAAAGGGAGCUAAAGUUUCUUGGGCAUCUACCAUGUGCUAGGAGCAUUAUAACUGUUAUCUCCUUUAAUUACACAACAUCCUGAUGAAGUAGGAAUUUGAUACUUACAUUCCAGAGGACGGAUAGCUAGUAAGUGGCAGCAUCUGAGUUGAAGACUCCAAAGCCUUUGUUCUUUCUAUUAUCUAAUAUCUCAGUGACCUUUAGUCUGUGCUAUAAAAGUUAGUCUUUCUGGACUGUUAGGAGCAUAUAAUACUGCAGGAUGACAUUAAAGAAGAUAACAUUAAAGAAAAACAUUUUUGGAGUAAUGUUUAUAUCCUCAAGCUCCUUGCUUAGAACGUAGAUGAAACUAGGUUGUAAUGAAAACAGGGUUGGAAAGAUAGAUGAAGCAUUUUGUUAAUUAUUGCCAUUCUCUCCUAUUUUUGAAAUUAUUGAUCAGAACAGUACAUUAGGAAAAUAUAAUCCCUCUAUUUAUGAUAGCUACCCCAGGGUAGUUUACCCCUUUAUGAGGUAAAUAAUCUUUGAUGAAGAUUGAAAUAAAAUUUUUCCUACAGUUUCUUUAUCUUGACAUAUAUUGACCCUCCACUUUUUUGUUAUUUUUGUUCUAUCAUCUAAAGCAUAAAUUUUUAGAGUCAGGCUGAUCUGUGCUCAGACUCCAGCUCUGACGCUUACUAGUGACUGAGUGUUAUUGAUUCUCUUUGAGGCUCAUUUAAGGAAUCAAGAUAGCACCAGUCUCAUAAGCAGCAAACAAUAGAAUUAUCUCCACCUUUUUACGUUGCUGGAGGAAGAAAUACAUUUUACCCAUUUCGAAAAUUCUGUAUUUGUUGGUUUAACUACCCCACAUCACAAACUAUCCUUAUCUACUUUACGUCAGGUACAUUUGGGGGGAAAUGGGAUAUACUGAUUGGGAAAAUCUGAGCAUUCUUUUAUUGCUGGUAGCACUACAUAAUGACUUAAAAAGCUGUCAAGAGUAUUAUAUAUUAGUAAUGUGGCACUUUUAUAUACUUAAGUCAGUCAAACCAUUUUGGGUAUAUUAGCAUAAGGAAAUAAAAUUCCAAAGAAGGAAAAAAACUGUUUGCAAUGCAAAAUUUGCUUAGUGCAGUAUUCCUAUAUAUAUAGAAAGAAAUUAGAAACAGUUUGGAAGUCCAGCAUUAGCUAACUAAAAGUAAAAUGAGAUGUAACAACUUGAUGGCAAAACAUUUAGUUAUUAAAGUUGAUGAUGAAGGUUUUAGGUAUGUGAGAAAAUGUUGCCCCACAAAACCACGUAUAUAUAUAUUUAACCAUAUAUAUAAAACACAAAUGCAGUAUAUACACUGCAUGCAGCUUUUACACAGGAGAGGCACUUUAGCAUAGUGAUUAAAAGCUUAGAUACUGGGGACAGACUCCCCUAGUUUGAAGCUUGCCUCUGCCACUUAGAGCAGUGUGGCCUUGGACAAGUUGUUUAAGCUUUGUGGGUUUCAGUUUCAACAUCUAUAAAACAGGGAUGAUAAUAAACCUACCUCUUAGGAUUAUUGUGAUGAUUUGCCGAGUUAAUAUAUGUAAAGCAGCUUAGAAACGUGCCUAGCAUUUAGUGAUUGUUAAAUCAAUGUCCACAGAUGCAAGUUAGGAAGGGAACAGAAAAAAAUGAAAAUGCCAUUCUGUUAAGAUCGUAGAAUGUUUGGAAUUUUUUUAAUACUAGAAAGUUCCUCUUUUGUCUUUAUAUAUUUUAAUAAUAAACAAAUUCAGGACACAAAACUUUCAGAUUGUGGUACCAUGGAUUUUAAAAAUUACUUUUAUUGCCUUAAUAUUUUAUCGAAAAUGAAAUGAUGCUAUAUUAAAUAGUAAAAAAAUUUAGAAAUGAUGUUUUAACUUUAUUUUAUAUGAUAAAUUAUAUCCUAUAAAUGUAAUCAGAAAGUGAAUUACUAAAUAAUUAAAUCCCAGUUUUCUUUUAAUCAUUGGGUAGCAAUUAGAAAAUACGAAAUCAUUAAAAAUGUGCCAUCAUUGAUAGUAUUUUCUUUGCCUGUAGAUGGCACUAUAAUUUUAGGUAUCUUUCUAAUUUAUUUAUUUAGUACUUUGGCCCUGUGUAAAGAAAGGUAUCACUAAAGUUAUUUCAGGUCACCAUAAAAUGUAUUCAGAUACUGUUCAUGUGAAAAAUUAUUUUAUAUACUAAUAAUAUUUGCCACGUUAAUUUUUUUUUUUUUCAGUAAGGACUUGAAUAGACUUUGGACCAAAUGAUGAGCAGUCACCUAAGUUUUUGCAGUUUUUCUGGAGCAUUUCAGGCUUUCAGAAGAAGAAUCUUUGGAUUAGCUUUAAUUUUCAGCGUUGCAUUUGAAACUGAGCAAUAGUGCCUCAGGAUUACUAAGGAACCAAUAGAAGAACCAGGAAGCAGUUAUUCUGAAUUCAAAGAACAUUCUUCCAAGGCAUUGAAAGAGAAAACUUUAAUUUCAAAGUGAAGCAUUUGAUGGUUGUGUUUUUAAUGUACAUAUUCUCUCUCGUUUUGAUUGUUGCGAUAAUUUUCUAACUGACCACCCCCAUUCUUCACUCUAACUGGUCUAUCUUUGUAUAUAUACUCAUGUCAGUUACCGCUCCCCCCCCCACCAAAAAAAAAGUAGAAAUCUGAUCCUGUCAUUGUGUUGAGACCAUAUAACAUUUCAGGGGCUUCCCAGUACCUAUGGAAUGAAAGUGCAGAUUCCUAAACACAGCACAUGUAGACAUGUACAGCAUGGUUUCAGAUUAUCUUCCAAAUGUCAUCUGCCUCUUACUCUCUAAUACAUACCUUUUGGUUAAGUUCUGUUUGCUCCUUGCCAAAUAUAGCAAGUUUUCCCAUGUUUUGUACCUCAACCUCCCAUUCUCCAUGGCAGAAAGUCCUCUCUGUUUAGGUUAAAUAAAUGUCUUGUCUGUGAAAUCUGUGUUCUCAUAACACUCAUACUGUUCAUAUCAUGUUAUACUUAUUUGAUUGAAUAUCUGGCUCAUCUACUACUAACUAUUUAAGGGCAUUCUUCUUUAUACCUCAGGUACCCAUCAGUGCCUGACAUGUAGUAGGCUUAAAAAUGCUGAAUGAAUACCACAAACACACCUUAGUAAAGUUACUUGGUAAAUAUAUGUAUCUCAGGAAAGUUCUAAAAUAGCCUUUUACCCUCACAGAAAGUUUAGAGUAUUAGAAUUGGAACUCAUUAUAAUGCCUUUCCACUUUUACAUGAAUUGCCAAAAUAAUUUUAAUGGUUUCAUCUUUGUCAUCACUACCUGAAAAAUGCCUACUUUUGAUUUAAAUAUUAAAUGCAUUGUAGAAUUUCACUUAACAACUCAGAACAAGCUGUCAGGGAAUAUAACCAUUCUCAUGUUACAAAUGAAGAUUCUAGGGCUUGAAGAGGUUAAGUAGCGCUUACCCUAGGUUGCAAAGAGAGUUUACCCUAGCUCUUUUUGUUUUCAAGGCCCAUGGUGAUAACUACUUUGCUCUGCUGAUUCCUAAUGCAAAAUGCCUCAGUUCACUUUGCUUAACUAGUGAUUAUUUAAUUUCUGCCCAUCUCUGAAUUUACCUGUAUAUUUCUAGUACUUUAUGACAUUAAGGCAACCUGGGGGAAGACUCACUAAGUGACAAAAUGAUAAUGGCUGUUAAUCAUUGGGCACUAUGUGCUUAGCAUUUUACAUCUUACCAAUAAGUACUUACCUGUGGGAUAAGUACCAUUACUUUUAUUUUAUAGAUGAGGACACAGAGAUAGAGUUUAAGAAUUAAGAACCUUGAGAAGGGUGAAACACGGAGCCAGAGCUGAAACUCAGAUGCUUUUUCUUACAGAAUCCAGAGACUCUUAAGCCAUGAACUUGGUUUGAAAUUAAGUGGUAGUGACUCCGGUCAUGUCACAGAGCCAACACAAAUGUUCUCUUGAGGAAGUUGCAUUCAUCCCAGGUUUCCCAUACAUGUUCAAAGACAGUAAGCAGCACAGAAAAAAAAAAAAGCAAGGCAUCAUGAUAAGUGUCAGCAAAAACAAAAGACAAUAUAAAUAGACCUGCAGGACUUCAGAAUAAUAGACAUGGACUUCAUGUUAACUAUUUUUAAAGAAGUAAGAGAUGACCUUGAAAAUCUGCAGGAAACAAGAAGCUACAACACAAUCUAGUAUAUUUGAAAAAGAACCAACAGACUUUCUAGAAGUGAAAAUGUAGUAAUCAAAACUUAAAACUCAUGAGUUUAAUAACAUUACACAAAAUUGAAAGCAAAUUAGUAAGUUGGGCCCAAAAAAAUCCAGAAAGGAGCAAUGAGAUUUUAAAAAAUUACAGAGAUGAGACAUGGAGGAUAGAGUGAGAAAAUUCAAAAUACAUUUAAUUAGAAUCUGAAGGAAAGGAGAAAGAAUAAGGUAAAGGCAAUAGUUGAACAGAUAGUGGCUGAGAGUUAUCUGGAACUAAUAAGACACUAAAAUACAGAUUUCAGAAGUCCAAUGAAUCCCCAGUAGUGUAAAUAAUAAUAAAGCCAGAUUGAGAUACAUCAUAGUGAAUAUGCAGCACAUCAGUAAUAAAAAGAAAAAUCUUAAAAGCAGCUGGGUAAAGAUUAUUCUCAGGGUGUGUGAUAGCUUACUCUCCAGAGCAACAAUGGAAUAUAAUGAAAUAAUUGAGAAAGUUUACAACUAAGUACUGACUCUCACCAGAGGAAAUUAGAACAAAAACAAGCUUCAGGCAGAAGGUAGAGGAUCUCAAAUCAAAAGCCUAAGGUGGAGGAAUGAAUGAUGAACAGGAAAAGUGGUAAAUAUAAACAAACAUUGCCUUGAUAAAAUGAUAAUAUCCGCAAUAUCUUGUGGGUUAAAUAAGGAUGAUAAAUUAAAACAUAGCACCUGGGAGGGAACUAAAAGGGGUUAAUGAUCUAAGGUGGUAUUAGCUGUAAAAAAGGAUAAACAUUGAUUCAUUUUAAUCUUUGAUAAAUUGGAACGGUGUGGUAUGAUAUCUAUAAUACUAAAAGAAUGAAAACGGUUAUAACAUCCAAACUUGGUGCAGGAUGAUUGCUCUAACAAUGUGUUCCCUACAGGUUAGAGUUUUGUGAUUAGUUUGAUAUACUUGAUAACAGACAUUUGAUUCAAUACAAGAAUCAUUUCCAUUGUCAUGAAAAAUUUUAACAUUGAAUAUUUCAAGAAGAAUAGGAAGAGUUAGCUUCUUCAAACAUAAUUUCAAGUGUUGUAAAUUUUGAAUGAUUGUAAAAAAAAGAUUUAAAAUUUUUCCCACAAAAUUUUAUGCAGUUAUGUAUAUAUAGUAUUUACUAUUUUCUAGGUAUUGUCACAAACACUUAUUCUCUUAAUGAUAAGUUUUGACCAGGUGUGCAGAUGUUGCUACUUCACACAAAAAAUCCAUGAUUAAAACAUUAUGGUCAGAGAAGCAAGCUCAAAUUUCUUAUUAAAAUUUUGAAAAUACUUUAUUUUGAAACUUCAUAUGUAUUCAGUAUUUAAUAUCUUCCGUAGUAGGUCUGUUUUAUUUUUCUUAUCAUAAUUAUAUAAAAGCAAUAUUGUUUUUCACUAACUCAUACCCCUGAAUUCUUUCCAGCCUACAUUAGUGUGAUACAAAUAUCAUUUUCUGCAUGUGAGGAAAGAGGCUGGAGAACACUACAUUAUAUAGAGCCAGAUAGAGUGGAGGAGAGUAUGAUCAUUCUGCAUUCUGCAUUUUUAAGACUAUAUUAAAAACAAAAAAAUAUUAGAAAAUACAUGCAUAAUAAAUAUGACUACUCAUAUUUAUUUCCUUGUGUGUUUCUCCUUUACUUUUCUUUCUUUUUUGUUCAUGCCCCCAUGCUCUCAGUCUGCAUUUGACAACUGACUUGAUCAGUUCCAUAGCCACAAAAAGUCAUAAGUAGUUGGCUUCAUAAAAUACUUCUGUGACCUUUGUACUGAUGGUUUCUAGUGUUCCCAGAAGAAAACUCACUAGGAGCCAGCCUUCAACUUCAAUGCCUACUCUAAUUUCACAGUGAAAUAUAUCCUUGUACUUAUAACCCCCUCCUUGCUCAUCUAACUCUGCUAGGUAUUCUUCUCCAUGUUUUAAUGCUCCAAGGAAAACUGGGGGGCUACCUUAGAAUUUUCUCUGCCUAUUUCUGGAGUGUUAGAAUGCUUAUUUUUAUCAUAGUCACUUUCUAGGUGACAAAUCAAGUAAAGUAUUUUGGCAAUCAGCUUAAUUGCUCUAGUAAUUGCAGUGGAAUAGAAUUUCUCCUAAUAGGAGCUAUUAGGAAAUAUUCCACAUGUGUUUAAUAAGACAAAUUAGAGAACUUAACAUUUAAAUCCUUGGUUACUGUUUUUAUAAUUGAGUUUAAUGUCAUCCAAGAGACAAUAAGUCUUAUAAGUCUUAAACUUAGGUCUCUGGUCUAAACACCUUCAGGUGACUUGUGAUAUGAAUGUGGUUGUGCAAGUGGGCUUUUACCCCUUUUCCUGAAUGGAAAUCAUAUAAGAGCAAUAAGGAAAACAGCAUUUUUUUUAAACCAGCAAACGAUAUGAUAAGCAAAUUUUAAGUGCAUGUAAGAACUGCCAAGAGCAGCUGAGACCUGAAAAAGGUUGCAUGGUAGGAUGUGGGGAAAAAAGUGGCAAGAGGGUUCAGUAACAGCAGAUCUCAGAAGCAGCGAGAAAGGCUUUUCCUAAAUAUGACAGGUCUACCCUGAAAAGAAAAUUUUGGUAGGUAAGGCUGGUGGCAAAAACACUGCCAAACAUGGUUUGAGGCCAAACGAAGCAUCUCAAAUAAUGAUGUUGUAUUUGUAGGAAACAGAAGAGAGCAUCUUUGAGUUAUAAAUCAUGGAAGAUUAUCCUGGCCUCUCCCACCUAACCAAGAACCUCCUGCAAAUAGCUGGCCCAGGAAAAUUCAAGUCAUUCAACAAUGAGUAGCAAAGGAAACUGGCACACUCUCAACACAAAGAUAAACAUGUGGGGAAAAAAGAUAAAGUUGUGGAAAAGAGCAGCAAAAUUUACCAACAGCCUGCAAAAAGGUGACCAUGAAGAUAAAAAUUGUGACACGCUUUUAUUUUAUUUUUUGGUAAAGAAAUCACUUCUGUGAAAGAAGACAAAGAAAUGGAAGAAGAAAGAAAACGUAGGAAAUAUAACACAAGAUAAAGGAGGGAGGAGAGGAAACCUGAGACAGCAGAUUUCAAGAAAGGUGCAGAAGGCAGAACCGUCAGAGAAAUGAAGAUGAAAUUGAAGCAAGCACAAAAAGCAGUAGACAAUGAGAAGAAUACAAGGGACGAAAAAGCAACUGGAAACCACCCAAACGUCUAUAAAAGGAAAAUGGAUGAAGAGAUGGUGGUGUAUUCAGGCAAUAAAAGAAAAAAUUUAAGAUACAUGCAACGGCAUGAUGAAUAUCAAAAAUAUUGUAUUGCAUGAGGGAAGCCAGGAACAAAAAGAGGACAUGUGCUGUGAUUCCAUUUAUAUGAAAUUCAAAAAAGGCAAAAUAAAUUGUGGUAAUAAAAAUUAGAACAGUUGUUGCUUCAGUGUGUAUGUAUGUACGGUGGGGGCGGAAGCAAGGGGAGUUGGAUCUAAGGGCCGGAGGGGAAAUUUUUGGGUGAAGGAAAUAUUCUACGUCUUGUUUGGGAUGGGGUAAAUGGAUUUAUAAAUUUGUUAAAACUUGUUAGACUGUGUACACUUAAGAUCUAUAUAUUUCACUGUAGGUAGAUUAUACUUGAGUAAAAUAUUAUAACGCAUC